GGCCCCGGCCGCGGUGGGGGAGGGGGCGGCAGGGAAGGGAAGUCUGUAGGUGGAGGCAUGUGGCCUGCCAGGAGCACGCUUGGCUUAGGGAUGGCUCUUGCUCACCCUAGCCUCACAAAGAUAAUCGCUCAGGAAGUCUUUCAGCCAAUCCGGGGCGGCCUUACACUCGGAUUUGCCGGGGCAGCCAAUCGGGGAUGAGCUUUUAUGAGGCGGCCAGAUCAUCAGCCGAAGUGCCAAACCCUUUUUCUGUGCGAACUAGGAGCCUGUCCUCCAUGUUUUAUAAGUAUUGACAUUACACAGUGUUAGCAAUGCAUCCACAGAGCUUGGCUGAAGAGGAAAUAAAAACAGAACCGGAGGUGGUGGAGGGCAUGGAUAUCUCUACUCGCUCCAAAGAUCCUGGUUCUGCAGAAAGAAUAGCCCAGAAGAGAAAGUUCCCCAGCCCUCCUCAUUCCUCCAAUGGCCAUUCGCCACAGGACACAUCCACAAGCCCCAUUAAAAAGAAAAAGAAACCUGGCUUACUGAAUAAUAACAAUAAGGAACAGGACGGACGAAAUGAUUUCUACUGCUGGGUUUGUCACCGGGAAGGCCAAGUCCUUUGCUGUGAGCUCUGUCCCCGGGUUUAUCACGCUAAGUGUCUGAGACUGACAGCGGAACCAGAGGGGGACUGGUUUUGUCCUGAAUGUGAGAAAAUUACAGUAGCCGAAUGCAUCGAGACGCAAAGCAAAGCCAUGACCAUGCUCACCAUUGAACAGUUAUCCUACCUGCUCAAGUUUGCCAUUCAGAAAAUGAAACAGCCAGGGACAGAUGCAUUCCAGAAGCCAGUACCCCUGGAGCAGCAUCCCGACUACGCGGAGUACAUUUUUCAUCCCAUGGACCUUUGCACCCUGGAAAAGAAUGCUAAGAAAAAAAUGUAUGGCUGCACGGAAGCCUUCCUGGCAGAUGCCAAGUGGAUCUUACACAACUGCAUCAUUUAUAAUGGGGGAAAUCAUAAAUUGACACAAAUAGCGAAAGUGGUCAUCAAGAUCUGUGAGCAUGAGAUGAAUGAAAUUGAAGUGUGUCCUGAGUGUUACCUAGCUGCUUGCCAAAAGCGAGAUAACUGGUUCUGUGAGCCUUGUAGCAAUCCUCAUCCUUUGGUCUGGGCCAAACUCAAGGGCUUCCCCUUCUGGCCUGCGAAAGCUCUACGGGACAAAGAUGGACAGGUUGAUGCCCGGUUCUUUGGACAACACGACAGGGCCUGGGUCCCCAUCAAUAACUGCUACCUCAUGUCUAAAGAAAUCCCUUUUUCUGUGAAGAAGACGAAGAGCAUCUUCAACAGUGCCAUGCAGGAGAUGGAGGUGUACGUGGAGAACAUCCGCAGGAAGUUUGGGGUCUUUAAUUACUCUCCGUUCAGGACGCCCUACACACCCAACAGCCAGUACCAGAUGCUGCUCGACCCCACCAACCCCAGUGCGGGCACCGCCAAGGUUGACAAACAGGAGAAGGUCAAGCUCAACUUCGACAUGACGGCCUCCCCCAAGAUCCUCAUGAGCAAGCCGAUGCUGAGCGGCGGCUCCGGCCGCAGGAUUUCCUUGUCGGACAUGCCCCGCUCCCCGAUGAGUACCAACUCCUCCGUGCACACGGGCUCUGACGUGGAGCAGGACCCCGAGAAGAAGGCCACCUCCAGCCACUUCAGCGCCAGCGAGGAGUCCAUGGACUUUCUGGAUAAAAGCACAGGCUCUGGGUUCCCAGAUGGGGCUGUGCCAUCUGGCGAAGUAUGGCGUCCUCAGCUACAGCACGGGUCACCCCUGGGACCAGCCUCCCCCGCCUCCACCAAGACGGGACAAGCAGGGAGCUUAUCCGGCAGCCCCAAACCUUUUUCACCUCAAGCAUCAACUCCAGUCACAACCAAGACAGACAAAGCCUCCACCACCGGAAGUAUCCUGAAUCUUAACCUGGACCGCAGCAAAGCUGAGAUGGACUUGGAGGAGCUCAGCGAGGCGGUGCAGCAGCAGGCUGCCCCCGCGCCCCUCACCUCGCCCAAGCGGCAGAUCCGCAGCAGGUUCCAGCUCAACCUCGACAAGACGAUUGAGAGCUGCAAGGCACAACUGGGCAUCAAUGAGAUCUCCGAAGAUGUCUACACGGCCGUGGAGCACAGCGAUUCGGAAGAUUCGGAGAAAUCAGAUAGCAGCGACAGCGAGUACAUUAGCGACGAGGAACAAAAGCCCAAGACCGAGCCGGAGCCCACAGAGGACAAGGAGGCCGGUCGGGGGGACAAAGAGCCGGCAGCUGUCAAAAAAAAGCCCAAGGUCGCCAACCCGGUGGAGGUGAAGGAGGAGGAGCCGAAGAGCGCGUCUCCGACCCCCGAGAAGGCCGACCCCGCCGCCUCAGCCAAGGACAAGGCCAGCCCGGAGCCCGAGAAGGACUUUGCUGAGAAAGCAAAGCCCUCGCUUCAUCCCACCAAGGACAAGCUGAAGGGGAAAGACGAGACGGAUUCCCCGACCGUGCACCUGGGCCUGGACUCCGACUCGGAGAGUGAACUCGUGAUAGACUUAGGAGACGACCAUUCUGGGCGGGAGGGGCGGAAGAGUAAGAAGGAGCCCAAAGAGCCAUCCCCCAGGCAGGAGGUCGUAGGUAAAGCGCCACCCUCCACCACAACAGCAGGCAGCCAGUCUCCCCCAGACACGCCGGUGCUCACCCGCUCUUCCUCCCAAACCCCCACGGCUGGUGUUACAGCCACCACCAGCGCGACAUCCUCUGUGACCGUCACCGCCCCGUCCACCGCCACUGCCACCACCUCCACCAACACUGCCGCCACCACGGCCACCGCUGCCGGAAGCCCGGUGAAAAAGCAGAGGCCGCUCUUACCGAAGGAGACUGCCCCGGCUGUGCAGCGGGUCGUGUGGAACUCCUCAAGUAAGUUUCAAACGUCCUCCCAAAAGUGGCACAUGCAGAAGAUACAGCGGCAGCAGCAGCAGCAGCAGCCCGGCCAGCAGCCUCAAUCUUCCCAGGGGACGCGAUAUCAGACCAGACAGGCUGUGAAAGCUGUCCAGCAGAAGGAGAUCACGCAGAGCCCGUCCACGUCCACCAUCACCCUGGUGACCAGCACCCAGGCGUCACCCCUGGUCACCAGCUCUGGGGCCUCCAGCACCCUUGCGUCUUCGGUCAGCGCCGACCUACCCAUCGCCACCGCCUCCGCGGAUGUGGCCGCAGACAUUGCCAAGUACACGAGCAAGAUGAUGGACGCCAUCAAAGGAACGAUGACUGAAAUCUACAACGAUCUCUCCAAAAACACUACCGGAAGCACAAUCGCCGAGAUCCGCAGGCUGAGGAUCGAGAUUGAGAAGCUGCAGUGGCUGCACCAGCAGGAGCUCUCGGAGAUGAAGCACAACCUGGAGCUGACCAUGGCCGAGAUGCGGCAGAGCCUGGAGCAGGAGCGGGACCGGCUCAUCGCCGAGGUAAAGAAGCAGCUGGAGCUUGAGAAGCAGCAGGCAGUGGACGAGACCAAGAAGAAGCAGUGGUGCGCCCACUGUCGGAAGGAAGCCAUCUUCUACUGCUGCUGGAACACCAGCUACUGUGACUACCCCUGCCAGCAGGCCCACUGGCCCGAGCACAUGAAGUCCUGCACGCAGUCAGCGACUGCUCCUCAGCAAGAGGCAGAUGCUGAGGUGAGCACAGAAGCAGCCAGCAAGCCUGCCCAGGGGAGCACCACCAGCACUCCAGCGGCCCCCACCGAGGCAGCCAGCACCCCCAAAGAGAAGGAGACGGUGGCUGAGAAGGGCAAAGAUGGCGGCUCGACCCUUGACCUUUCUGGCCCCCGAGACACGCCCUCCUCCAUCCUCCUCGGCUCCACCCAGGGCUCAGAUCAUUCCCGGAACAGCAAGUCCUGGAGCGGCAGCGAGGAGAAGCGGGCCUCGGCCCGGGCUGAGCACAACGCCAGCACCAGCUCCUCCAGCUCCAGCAAAAGCCUCCUCCCCAAAGAGUCUCGCCUGGACGCCUUCUGGGACUAGAGGCAGAUUGUCACGACGGACACCCGGACCCCAGGGACUUGGGAAGCGGCCGUGGGGGCGGGAGAAUGACUGACCAAGUGGGCGCCGCGGGCAGCCGACACUACACGCAGCAUUAGCUCCCACCAGCCCCGGGCUCUGGAUGUAAAUAUUGUACAGUAUGUGGGUGUCGCCGACGCUAGGGCACCUGCCCCUUUUUAUAUUUGUAUGGACCUUAACUUAUGAAAAAGAAAAAAGAAGAAAAAAAAAAAACAAUGGGGAAAAAUGCCCCAGCCACAAAAGGAGGGUUUUGAUGUUGGAGAAGGCGUGGGCCCCGGAGGCCCUGGGUCUGCUGCAGCGGGGGGUGCUGUCGCAUGGGUUCUGGGCGGAAGAAGCCAUUCUCAACUGUCCAUCCGCCUGUGGACGCAGCGACUGGGCCUCGGGGGCUGUGACUCAGCGGGCCGUACCACGCUGGUCGACCUCAUGUGGCCAUGUUGCAGAUCCCAGGUUGUCCAUGGGAGUGUUUGCGGGGUCAGCUAGAGGAAUCUGGGGGAUUCCUCCAAGAGCAAACCCACACGACCCUCGCUUACGGGGGUCGGCCAUCCCCGCCCAGCCUGGUGGCAGCAGGGCACACACAGUGGCAUCGUCCACUCUGAACAGCUGUUUAUGGUUCCUCUCCGCACACACACAUACGUGUACACACUGGUAACACACAUGAUCCCAGAGGCCGUGCUGCUGGAACGCAGGAACCCCGGGCCCACUGAGGAAGGGGAGGAGGGCAGCGUCUGGGAGCGAGCGUGUGUUUUAUUUCUGCGAUGAACCCUUCAUCCUGUACGCAUGAAGCCGGGGCAGCGUGGCGCGAGCAGCGUCUCCGUGCCCGCCCCGUCAUGCCAUCUGUUACACUACGUAGGUCUUAGUCCCACUUUGUAUGUUGUUGUAAAGCAAGAGGCAUGGGGUCCAAGCCGGAGGUGACGUCUGUAUAUGAGAAUUAAUUGUACGGUAUCAUUCCAGUACAUUCUGUUGUACAUUUUA